AUGGCACCAUCUGCAGAUACAGAGUGGUCGAUCGAGUACGACACUCUCCGGCGUGAACGGUUAUUCCGGCAUCCCCCCAAGGAUCACACUGCAUAUCCGUCUCUCGCAGCAUCCAUCCGGCCUCAUAUCGAUUCCUUCAAUGCCCUAUUCGAUAAUAACAAAAUCUUAGAGGCUGCGCUAAAGGACAUUGGCACCAAGUCAUUUCUAGACGGAGAUGCGGAAACACAGGAGCAGAAGCGGGUUAGGCUGGAUGAUGGGAGAAGGAGCCCCCGAAGAAACAAGCUCUCAGUGCGCAUUACGGAACUGUUUCUUGAGAAAGCCAUGCUUCCGGCAUCAAACAAAUUUAGCACACGGAACAGAGAAAUUUACCCUUCUGAGUGUCGAGAGAGACAUGCGACAUAUCGCGGCAGAUUAAGAGCGCGAUUAGAGUACAGGGUCAAUAAUGGCGAGUGGAAAGAAUCUGUCAGAGAACUAGGCCAGGUCCCAAUCAUGUUAAGGUCCAAUCGGUGCCACCUCGAAAAGUGUUCGCCGGAACAACUUGUCCAACGAAAGGAGGAAUCUGAGGAACUUGGCGGCUAUUUUAUCGUAAAUGGGAACGAGAAGCUCAUUCGAAUGCUGAUUGUCGGAAGGCGGAAUUUUCCCAUGGCCAUCAUUCGUAGCUCCUUCACGAAACGCGGCCAGACAUAUACAAAAUACGGUAUUCAAAUCCGUUCCGUUAGGAUUGAUCAGACUUCCCAAACCAACGUUUUACAUUACCUCAGCGAUGGGAAUGUGACAUUCCGCUUUUCUUGGAGGAAAAACGAGUACCUUGUCCCAGUUGUGAUGAUAUUGAAAGCACUCGUGGAAACGAAUGAUCGAGAAAUUUUCGAACGGCUAGUUGGUCGUGAAGGGUCUGAGGGAAUUAAAAACUCCUUUGUCACUGAUCGGGUCGAGCUACUUCUACGGACGUACAAGGGAUACAAGCUUUAUGGAAGGGACGACACGAGAGCUUACCUUGGAGAGAAAUUUCGGCCUGUUUUGGGAAUGCCCGCAGACAUACCGGAUGACAUGGUCGGCGCGGAAUUCCUUCGAAAGGUCGUAUUACCACACCUCGGUAACCAAAAUGUGACCGAAUCUCAAGACAAUGAUAAAUUCAACAUGAUACUCUUCAUGAUCAGGAAACUCUAUACCCUGGUGGCAGGAGAAUGCGCUCCAGAUAACCCUGACGCUGUCUCGAAUCAAGAAGUGCUACUUGGCGGUUCUUUGUAUGGGAUGCUUUUGAAGGAGCGUCUAGAGGAAUGGCUGAGAGCCUUCGGUCCCAUUGCGCGUGACUGGAGUUUCAGGAAUCAAAAUGCACGAUUCUCAGAUCCAAGGUUUGAGAAGGAGUUCCUCAGUAGAAUCGUGUCCAGGACGAAUGAAAACAUUGGUGGCGCACUGGAAUAUUUCCUCUCUACUGGUAACCUCGUCAGCCCAACUGGUCUGGACCUACAACAACCAUCUGGUUAUACCGUUAUAGCCGAAAAGAUCAAUUUCUACCGGUUUAUCAGUCAUUUCCGAAUGAUACACAGGGGAAGCUUUUUCGCGCAGCUCAAAACGACUACAGUUCGUAAGCUUCUCCCUGAGAGCUGGGGAUUCCUUUGCCCAGUUCAUACCCCUGACGGAAGUCCGUGCGGACUUCUAAACCAUCUAGCCCAUAAAUGUGAAAUCGCAACUAGUAAUUUGGAUGUCUCUGGUGUCCCUCAAGUGAUAUCGGAUCUCGGAGUGACCUAUGAGUCAUCCGUGUCUCUGGAUGAAAGCGUGGCGGUCCAGCUGGAUGGCCGGAUUCUUGGUUACUGUUCCCCGAAGCAGGCUCGCAUGAUUUCUGACACUCUCCGAUAUUGGAAGGUUGCGGGCAAUAAAAGCCUCCCCGUUGAACUUGAAAUCGGAUAUAUUCCCAAUUCGAAUCGAGGGCAAUAUCCAGGCAUCUAUAUAUUCUCCCAGUGUGCGAGGAUGAUGCGACCAGUCAAAUAUUUGCCGUUGGAUAAGCUUGACUAUGUUGGGCCGUUCGAGCAGCCGUUCAUGGAAAUUGCCUGCGUUCCGUCCGAUAUCAUGUCCGGUAUAUCGACCCAUGUGGAAUUCGACCCUACCCACAUCCUCUCGAUUGUCGCUAACAUGACUCCAUUCUCCGACUUCAACCAAUCUCCCCGUAAUAUGUACCAAUGCCAAAUGAGUAAGCAGGCCAUGGGAACUCCCGGAGCAUCGAUAGAAUACCGAACCGACAACAAACUUUACCGGCUACAAACUGGACAAACACCUGUUGUUCGAACCCCUCUCUAUAAUAGCUACGGACUCGACAACUUCCCUAACGGCAUGAAUGCUGUUGUGGCUGUGUUGUCAUACACUGGCUAUGACAUGGACGAUGCUAUGAUUAUCAAUAAAUCGGCUCACGACAGAGGAUUUGGGUGGGGAACAAUUUACAAAACAAAAAUAUACUCCCUCGAUGACAAGGAAUCUCGUGGUCGGGGAAAGGCGAGACGAGAGGUUAGCAAACUCUUUGGAUUCGCACCGGGCAGUCUGAUUAAAGGAGAAUGGCGACAUGCUCUGGACGAAGAUGGCCUCCCUCACAUUGGCGCUCGUGUGACAGAAGGCAGCAUCGUUGCCGCAUGGCAUACAGUCCGCUUCGACCCAGUAUCUAACUCCUACACCAACAUUGACGGACAAACCCACCUACUCAAGUACAAAGACACGGAAGAGGGCUACAUUGACAACGUGCGCAUUUUUGGCUCCGAAACGGGUGGUGACCCUUGUCAAGCCAUCAGUGUUAAAUUUCGCGUCCCCCGAAAACCAGUCAUUGGAGAUAAAUUUUCCUCCCGCCACGGACAGAAGGGUGUCUGCUCCCAGCUGUGGCCUGCAACCGACAUGCCCUUCUCUGAAACGGGCAUCCAGCCUGACAUCAUCAUCAACCCGCACGCUUUCCCCUCCCGAAUGACAAUCGGUAUGUUCAUCGAGUCCCUGGCGGGCAAGGCUGGCGCUCUCCAUGGUCUCGCGCAGGACUCCACCCCAUUCCGAUUCUCGGAGGAACACACUGCCAGUGACUUCUUCGGAGAACAGCUCCGCAAAGCCGGAUACAACUUCCACGGCAACGAACCUAUGUAUUCCGGCAUCACAGGCCGUGAGUUUGCCGCAGACAUCUACCUAGGCGUUGUCUACUAUCAGCGACUCAGACACAUGGUCAACGACAAAUUCCAGGUGCGGACGACGGGUCCCGUGAAUGCAUUGACGGGACAGCCCGUCAAGGGUCGUGCGAAAGGUGGUGGUAUCCGUGUCGGAGAGAUGGAGCGCGAUUCACUUCUCGCCCACGGCGCCGCUUUCCUCCUGCAAGACCGGCUGAUGAACUGCUCGGACACCACCCGCUCGUGGAUCUGUAGGACUUGCGGCUCAUUCCUGUCGACUCAGGUUGCUGUUUCUAAGUUCAUGGCGCCAAGUAAAAACCCAGCCAUGGCUGCUGUUGCGAAGUCGUCAUCAGGGCUUGGACGGCCGGGUGGUGCUAUGGGCGCUUUAGAUGGCGGUGCAGGCGUUGUGCGCUGUCGUCGCUGUGCGAAGGAAGCGGUCUUUGACGACCCCCGAGCUGAAGUAUGGGAAGAUGGAGAGGGGAGGAGGUUUGUUGGUGGAGAUGACACGACGGUUGUUGCUGUGCCGGGCGUGUUGAAGUAUUUGGAUGUUGAGUUGGCGACUAUGGGCGUCAAGAUGACAUUCAAGGUCAAUAAUUGAGGUGAAAGUUGACGGAAGGGUUUGGAUAGUCUAAGAAAUAAUAAAAUUUUAUAUUUCUAACCACUUCUUCGCGCUCUUCAGAUCUGGCGAAAAUAUAUCUUGCUGCGUACGAUGGCGCAUAUACUUAGUUGAAGUUUUCCAGAAUAUAUCAAUCUUCAGAUAAUUUUUCUCC